AUGGAUCUUUUAAGAUCUUUUGGAUCGUGUCGUUCCAUGUCACUGAACAACUCAAAUGCUAUUUUUGGGAUCACAAGCUUGAGAGUGCUCUUGAAAUGCAAAGCAUCAUUAUCAUUAGAAAGGUCAUCAUUGAACUCACAAGAUCUGGUCAAGAGUCUCAAGUUUCUAGUUUUGUCAACAAUAUCAAUGACUGAAGCUAAGAGAGGGUUAAGUAGCAUUUCACAUGAAACCUAA